CUUCAGAAAAAAUGGUUAGUUUACAUUCACAAACUGGUGCUUGCGAGAACGAAGAAAUCAUCAAUGUGAUUUCUGAUGAUGAUCAUAAAAAACGAUAUUGGACCUUGAAAUUGAGGAUAUAAUCCUUAAGCGCAUUCUUUAUUCGUAGGCGCUAUGUCCGAGCACGACUUGACGAGGAAAAUUAGUGGUUUUUUGGAUAAGCAUCUAAUUUUGCCACUCUUGGAGUAUAUAUCUGUUAAGCAUAUAUAUGAUGAUAAAAGCCUUUUGAAGACAAAAUGGGAAGUUCUCCUGGGUACAUCCAUGGUUGAUUAUGCCGCAGACACUUAUCGGUCUACGUAUGAUACAGAGCCACCUCAGGAACUUCUUGACAAAAGAGAGAAGGUCCUGGAAAGAAUUCGAGAUAUGGAGGUGAAGUUAGGACCAGUUAUGGUUAUCUUUAGCCAAGAGACAAUGAAUGAAGUUGAGCAGUGUAAAAACGCAAAGGAUUUACUGGCCAGCUUGGAGGCCAAGUAUAACUUCAAACCAGAGAUGCUCAACGACAUGUUUGAUGCAGCACGUAUAUUUUACGAUACGGGGAAUUACAAUACAGCUUCUGAGUAUCUCAAAACUGUUCGUCAGCUUGUAACUCCUGGUACCCAAAGACACUUGGAUGCUUGCUGGGGUCGUCUAGCUAGCGAAAUUUUGGUUCAAAAUUGGGAUGAAGCAUUGGAGGACUUGGAAAAGCUGAAGGAUGCCAUAGACUGUCAAAAUGAAGAUAGGCCGGCAUCUCGUACCUAUCUAAUACAAUUACAACAACGUACAUGGAUGCUACACUGGUCACUUUUUGUCUUCUUUAAUCAUCCACAAGGAAAAGAAAAGUUAAUUGAAUGGUUCAUGCAAAAUCCUACACACUUAAAUGCUAUUCAAACUUUGGCACCUCAUCUUCUACGUUAUCUCACCGUCUGUGUAAUCACUAGUACUGAUAAGAAAAAGAAAAAUCUCAUUCGAGAUCUUGUUUAUCUAAUUCAACAAGAGAGUUAUUCUUAUCGAGAUCCAGUGACUGAGUUCUUGGAAUGUCUAUUCGUCAAAUUUGAUUUUGAUGGUACUCAACAAAAACUACGAGUUUGUGAGACAGUUUUACCGAAUGAUUUCUUCUUAACUGGAUGUCAUGAUGAAUUUAUGGAGAAUGCUCGUCUGUUAAUGUUUGAAUCAUUCUGUCGUAUACAUCACAGUGUUGGUAUUAGUGUUCUUGCUGAAAAAUUGAACAUGGGUGUAGAAGAUGCUGAGAAAUGGAUUGUAAAUCUUAUACGCAAUGCUCGUAUGGAUGCAAAAAUCGAUUCUCAAAAGGGUGUUAUUGUAAUGGGUACACAAAAUGUUUCACCUUAUCAACAAGUUAUUGAACGUACUAAAACUAGUGGAACAUGUGCACAUAAACUCUUAGAAAGAUUACGUUGGGAGAAAUCAAUGGAUAAUAUUGUGGAUGUUUUUAAAUCUGUACGUCUAAUUGCCUAAUUCCUGGAAUUAUUCUAUAUGCUCUCCAGUAAUCCUUACGGUUAACGAUGACUAAUGUAUUAAUCAAACAACUUUGCUGGCCACCGGAUGAUGUAUUUAUUUUUAAAAGAAUUAUAAUACAUUAUUUUUUGGAA